UGUAUCUGUGGCGGUCAUGUCAUACUGAAGCACUUGCAAGUCACAGUGGUGAGUUUUCUGGUGGAAGUUAGUGCUGCAUCCGAUUCACCAUGACCAGCGAACCCUUGCAGAAGGCUGCGGUAUUAGAAUCACUGAUCGAGACAUACACCGAUUCAGAGGACGAGCUGGAACGCGCAGCUAACGAACGCAAAGAGCCGAUUAGCAUUGCGAUGUCGCCGAGUGGAAGGCCACUCGUCUCGUACCGCGCCGACGAAGACGACGAGGAAGAUGACGAGGGCAGCAAGAAGAGCGGCUCGGGGCUGCGGCCACGGUCUCCCGUUUCCUUUCAUCGUGCCCUGCAGAAGUUGGGGCCGGACGACGCCGUGCCCUUGCCACCUGAGCCGCGAGGUCGCUGUGCUCCGGCACUGCAGGAGAAGAUCACGCGCCUCUACCAGCGAAAGCUUCGCGACCGUUGUGACAUGAACGCGUCGAUCCAAAUGCGCAAGGACUUCCGAAACCCGAGCAUUUACGAGAAGCUUAUCGCAUACUGCGGCAUCGACGAGCUGGGCACCAACUACCCUCCGGAAACGUUCGACCCGCAGAAGUGGGGACCGGAAUCGUACUACGAAGAGCUGUCACGGCGACAGAAAGAAGAGAUGGACAAGCGCGACAGGAUGGGAACCGCCAAGAAGAAACCCGACUCGCGCAAGACCAAAUGGGACGCUGUGCAGCCCUUGCUUGGGUUUUCUGGCGUUGCUGCGGCGCCCUCCACCAAGCCUGCUGUUAUCUCGGCCUUUGGUGCAUUGCCCAAGAAGAACUCUUCCAAGCACUAACCGAUCCCCGUACCGUCUACAAUGCAGGGACCGUGUACUAAACUGUCUCUCUCUCAGUGGAAACAAUUGGAAACCACAUGAGGGGGGAGGGGUCUCACCUAGCAUCAGGGCAUGCAAACAUACAUAAAACCUGAAGGCGUAUUAGCUUGAAA